AGGACCAAACAUUUUAAAAUAGUGACAUAAUACAGACUUGUAAUGAGAGCCGACAUAGUUCAGAAACAUUGAAAUGAUCAGACCGCUGUUACAGUACACUACACAACCAAACAAACACUUCUUUUCCCGCGCAAAUAUUCUUCGCUGUUUCUUCACAUACCAAGACUUGCCAUUAUCCAAGAUUCAUCCAUACCAAUGUACCCAGAAUGAAAGUAUCUCAGACCACAGUGGUUUAGACACACCUCAUGAAUUUAUACACGAUGACGACACACCAUAUAUCUUCACCAAGUUUAUAUGUUCCUCUGCAAAAUUAGGUUCUUUAAAUUUGGGCAUUCAGCUUCAUUGCUCUGUUGUAAAAUUGGGGUUUUGUUCAAAUAUGUAUGUCGCCACUUCUCUUGUUGAUAUGUAUGGUAAGUGUGGUUAUAUUUUGCAUGCCCAACAGAUGUUUGAUGAAAUGCCACACAGAAAUGUGGUCUCUUUUAGUUCUUUGAUUACGGGGUAUGUGAAUGCUCAGAAUCCUUGGAUGGCUAUUGAGAUUUUUAUUGUAAUGCUGAAUAUGGGGAAGGGUCCGACGUUGCAUAGUGUUUCGGGUGCUCUUGUUGGGUGUGCUCAGUUGAGGGAUGUGAAACUUGGGGCUCAAGUUCAUGGGUUAUGUUUGAAAUCGAGAUUUGAGAUGGAUGUUGUUGUGGGAACUAGUUUGAUUGAUAUGUACAUUAAAAGUUCUGAUGUUGAGGCUUCGAGAGGAGUGUUUGAUGGAGUGAUUGGUAAAAAUGUUGUAACCUGGACUUCGAUGGUUAAUGGGUAUUCGCUAGCACAACGACCUGAUGAAGCGAUGGUUUUAGUUAGAAAUAUGUCACGCUUGGGUAUAAGAGCAAAUUUUUUGACUUACAAUUGUUUGUUGAGUUCCUUUUCAUUUCCUGUUGAUUUUGAUCAUUUUAAGCAAGUACAUUGUUGUGUAAUUCGAGAAGGUUUAGAAUCUAAUCAUUACCUAUUAGUUAGUCUAAUGACUAUGUAUUCAAGAAGUAGCAAUGCUGAGGACUUUCUCAAAAUUUGCUCAACUGUGAGAAUAUGGGACCAAAUAUCAUGGAAUGGUGUUAUUGCGGGCUUUGCCAAUUUGCAGAAGGGUGAGGAAGCUCUUGUGUGCUAUAACAACAUGAGGCACCAAGGUAUUAAUGUUGAUGUCUUUACAUUAGUGUCUAUUUUAAAAGCCAUGGGAAUUAUAGCUGCACUUGAUGAGGGGAGACAAACGCAUGGUUUAGUUUUCAAGAUUGGUUAUGCCUCUAACUUGUGUGUACAGAAUGGACUUGUUUCGAUGUAUGCAAAAUGUGGAAGAAUUGCCGAUGCAGAAAAGGUUUUCUUUUCAAUGAUUGAACAUGAUAUAUAUUCUUGGAAUUCGCUUCUUGCUGGUUGUGCGCAUAAUGGUUUCGGUACAAAAGCUCUUUGCUUGUUUGAACAAAUGAGAAAAACCACAUUAAAACCUGAUCUUACCUCAUAUCUUGCAGUGCUCACUGCUUGUAGUCAUGAAGGAUUUCUGGAGAAGGGUCUCGAGUAUUUUGAUAUGAUGAGAAAUGACGAUUCCCUUGAGCCACCUAAAGUUGAGCACUAUGCUUGCAUAGUGAAUCUUUUUGCUAGAGCUGGUUAUGUUCAUGAAGCAGAAUCCCUUAUAAAUAGCAUGUUGAUAAAACCAGGACCUACAGUAUAUAAAGCAUUGCUAAGUGCUUGUCAGCUUUAUGGAAACAAAGAAAUUGCUAUACGUAAUGCGACAAAGCUUAAAGAGCUUUGUCCAGACGAUGAUGCAACCUUUGUACUGAUUUCAAAUGUUUUAGCGACUGGAGGGUAUUGGGAUGAUGCUGCAGGAUUGCGCAAUCUCAUGUAUGAUAAAGGAGUAAAGAAGCAACCUGCUUAUAGUUGGAUAUUAUCAAACAAAAAUGAUCUCCGUUCUCAUAGCAGAAGAAUAAUCAGAGAAUCUGGUUCACAAGUUAAAGCUGGAGAAUGGAGAUACUUGAUUUAGAAGGUGAAGAACAAUAAAGAUGUGGGUUUUUCUUUCUUCCAUCAACAACUAAUGCAAGAUAAUCAUUUUCAGUUCUUGAUGAAAGAUGAUACAGCAAGUUAUGCUCUCAGACAGAGAUACAAUUGCAUUCAUGAUGACCAGCUUCAAAUUUCUGGAUACUGGAGAGGGACAGGUUUCUUUUUACCAUGGUAGUCCUUGAAUUGGUAAUAUCCCCGGGACAUUAUUUUCUUUUGAGACAAGUUCUUUUAAGGGUAAUGUCUUCAUUAGUAAAAGGCAGGAUACACUCCAAGUUCAGUGGAAGAACAAGAGAUGAAAAAACAUUUAAAGAAUUGCAUAGGGUGAAGAAACAAGGCGAAUGUGAAAUUGCAAAUUCUAAUGUAAUUUAAGUUGGGAACUUUCCUAACACCAACAAAAAUGCUGAUGCAUAAUUUCACCAAGGCUGGACUGAAGAUAUUUUUAAUUACAAAGUAUGAACUGAAUGGACUGAGGCUGGACUGUUACUUUUAUUUUGUAGAAAGCAUGAGUAAUCUGGUAUCCUAGAUACAUAAGAAGGUGAAGCAGAGAAAAGAAAUUUAGACUGAAAAUGUGUUGUAAAGAUGAUCAUAGGUAGGCAAGAAACUUUGGGAACGGAAGGCAAAUGAUUCAAAACCAGGUCAUAUAUGUCUAUGGAGAACCAUUUUAGCGAAAACGGUGAGAGCAAUUGCAUAUGUUCUAUACAUUUUUGAGAGUGAGGAUUAGGUCCCAGUUGAAGCUUCAGAUUUUCUUGGAUGAUCAUGAAGAUGAAGAGAAGAAUUCUGAAUAUCUCAGAUCCCUAAGUAAUCAAAUAAAUGUACAGGUCUGAGAUGGCAAGAAGUACAAAGAGACCGCAAAGCAGUCAAGCAACAUGAGGGUGGUAUGAUUUCUAACAAAAGAAUGGCAGACUUGGUGACCAAGAAGCUGGCACCAAGUUAUGGUGCAGCAUCUGAUGCAACCAUCUAGAACUGCAGACUUCUCUUUUGCUAAAUAGAACUGCAGACCUAAGUGUUGAUACCUCUCGGCCAACAGACAGUGUAAAUAAAGAUGGCUCGACUUCUAGGCAACGAGCAAUAAGUUAUGCCGUUGGGCUGUUCUGUUAGCCCUUUCGUAAUGGCAAAACUAAUCAUUUGAGGACAAUAUUCAACUUAAGUGUCCAAAUUAGAAAGAACUCGAAAAUAUUGGAGGUUACCAGAGUAUCUGAACCCUGAUACCAUUGGUUGGAAAUACAUGUUAAUUUAAAACUCACGCAUAAGGUAUAUUAUGCUUAUGUGUUAACGAGUGCUGCCAUUCUCUCUUAAGUUUACCCCCUUCAGAUGUUUCAGCAGAAAUUAUUCAUCUUUUACGCGGUAUCUUGUAAAUUUUGGGAAGUUGAUGAGUUGAUCCACCUCAACGUCUUGCUUUUACUGCUGUAUCGGGAGUUACUCAACGUCUUGCUUUUACUGCUGUAUCGGGAGUUACUCAACGUAUUGCUUGAUGUAAAACAAAUAGUGGAUUUGGUUAUGUCUUUUGUUGAAUCUUUUUCACGGCUUGAUGGAUAAUUUGAUAAGCCAAUGAUUUUUUUC